CGAAUCUUCAUAAAAAUUUUUCAUCCUGAUAGCAUCAGCUUUUUUUUGCUGAGUUUGAAUAAUUUUAAAGCAAAUUCUAAUGUAAAUUGUGUCGGUUCGAGGACUUUAUUCGCAGAAUGAAGUCGCUAAAUAGGUAGAAUAUCGUGUUUGAUUAGUUUAACAGUAUAAUUCGCCGAAAUUCUAGCUUUCGUCGAUCGUGUAAGUAGAUUUACCCAAGUAUUGAUAACAUCGUGAGCUCGAGCAAAAUGACGGACUCGAAGGAUGCUAAAGAGCACGGAAUGCAACGAGUAUUGAAUAAAUUACAAUCGUCGUUUAGCAAAGGAGACUAUUACGAAGCUCAUCAGAUGUACAGGACGUUAUAUUUUAGAUACUUGAAUCAGAAGAAAUACGAUCAGUUGAAAAAACUCUUGUACGAUGGUGCAAUCCAAAUGCUAGACUAUGGACAAGGUACAAGUGGAGCUGACCUGGCAGAAUUACUAGUAUCGGUCCUAAAAGAGACGAAAUUCGCUCCGAAUGAAACCAUGUUCGAUCGAAUUGCCAUACUGUUUGAAAAAAUGGAUCAAGGGCUGCUCGAACGAGAUGCAUUUUUGAACAACGCUUUGCAAUGGUCUUGUAUAGCAUCGACCGAUUAUAAAACCGGUCAUCCAGAUUUGCAUAGACGUAUCGCCGAAAUUUUCUGGAGACAGGGAAACUAUACAGCAGCUCGCUAUCAUUAUUUACAUUCUUCAGACGGUUGCGGUUUCGCUACCAUGUUGGUCGAGUUACAUAUAACUAAAGGAUAUUCUAACGAAGUAGAUCUUUUCAUCGCUCAAGUGGUGUUGCAGUAUUUAUGCCUGAAGAAGAAGAACACCGCUUACGAUGCGUUUGAAAGUUACACAAGUCAACACCCGAAUAUCAAAGGACCUCCGUAUUUGCUCCCGUUGUUAAAUUUUAUUUGUUUUUUGUUAAAAAUUAUAGAAAGUGGUAAAUUUGCCUCGUUUGUAGUGUUAUGUGAAAAAUACGAAAACUGCAUUCGUCGAGAUCCAUCCUAUACAGACUACUUGGAAAGAAUUAGUCAAAUUUUUUUCAACGUAAAGCCACCUCGUACCAACGCAAAUAAUCCAGGAUUUUUUGGCAAUCUAAUUCAAUCGUUAGUUACUAAUUUAAACGAAUACGAAUCGGAUAACGAAAACGAAGACAUAAUGUUCGCUCCAUCUUCAUCGAGCCGUUCCUGAUGCUGGAUGGAAAUCACAUCGGGUUACUAGAUUCCAUAAUAAUUUUACUUCUAUUUUUAAUUUGUGUUUGAUAAAAGGAAGUUUUUGAUUUUUUUCUCGAUUUUAUUUACUAUAAGGAUGCGUCGACCACGACCGGUGACCGUAUUGGAUUUUUAUUUCGGUAUUUUUUAAGCGGAUUAAUAAAUUUACGAGCGUGUUUAGAUGAAUCUUCUUUACGAUAUGGCGGUAAUUGGAACUCGGUAACAUUGCUGUACAAAGUAUAACCAAACACUAUUCUAAUUAAGUAUUUAACGAAGUGUUUUUCUUUUUUAUCAACAAACUUCAAACGAAAAAAAAAAGAUGAAGUCGCACGCGUACCAUUUUAUGUUUUGCUAAACUAUAACAUCGUGUUAUUCACUAUAUAAGUAUACUAAUUUCGAUCAGAAACAGCAACAAGUUGAGAUUUGGCGUGAACGAUUGAUCUAGUCAAGUUCAGAUAUGUUCACAAUAAUAAUAUUUUAUUCGAUGUUAGAAUUUUACAACUUUUCAUACGAGCAUUUUUUUUCCUUUUUUUUUUUUUGUAAUACUUAUGUACACUAAUGUAUGUAUUAUAAAUUAACGUGUUGCAUUGUAUUCGCUUCACAGGUUCAUAUAGUUUGUUUUUUUUCCUCUCUUUCUCCUUGGUGUAAAAGUUUAGUUUAUUUUUCUGUAUGUAAAGACUGAACUGAUUCAGUUCGCAAUAUAGUUUUUUCAUCUGUAGGUUUAGUUACAUGUUAUUAAAAAUUUUUUUUCCAAUUUGUUUGUGAUACACGUGCAAUAGUGUUUUGCUAUUUGCUUGAAAUAUAUGUGGGUUGUUUCAUAUUA